AUGACCAAGUCUUGGAGCGCCGAUAUGAUAACUGUCGAAUUUUGGACGUCAAUCCCGUUGACUGCCAUCGCUUUUGCAGUAUAUUUAGUGACGAUAUGCGUCAUGGUCAAGAUCACCAAAACGGUCAACUUUUUCCAAAUGCUCUACUGGAAUGCGGUGAACGGGAUGUGUGCGUUUGUGGGGCUUGCGAUGGAUCGAAACCUGAGGCGAAAGGCUUUUGGGAAGCCCCAAGCAACCACAACGUCGAUCCAAUUCUCACAACGCAACUCAUCAGCCUCC